GCGACAAACAAAAUUGAUUGCUCAGUUUCUUUUAGUUGGUUUACCUUUUCUAUUUUCCAUUUUCUGUUAUUCAUAUUCAGUUUCGUUCCGGAAGUCUUGGUUGGCGUUACGAUUUUGGAAAACUCACGGUUUAAUAAAAUAUUAGCAAACAGUAAUAAUAAGAUGACUUUACAGUUGCAAAUUGAAAAGCUCAAAGGACUCGAUAACUAUAAAGCUUGGUCGAUGACAGUGCGCGCCUAUCUUGAAUCCGAAGAUUUGUGGACAGUUGUGGAUAGUGGUCCUGAGAAUAAUGAAGAGUCUCUACUUAAAGACAAACGGGCGAAAUUCAUCAUUUUAUGUCUAAUCGAGACAAAGCUUUGCCAAUUUAUGGUCAGCAUACGAACAGCCCGCGACUUGUGGAACUAUCUGCGAACUCAACAUUCCCUGCGCUAGGGCAAACUUAAGUAAAAAUUUCUAUUAUGAGCAAAUCAAAUAAUAAUUUAAUUAUAAAUUUAUCCAUUUAUAACAUUGUAACUUAAGAUAUAAAUUAUUUACUCACUGUUUCCGGCACUAUGAAUUAGAUUUUACGUUGAAAUUCUGUGAAAGCUACCUUAGUUUUAGUUGUGCUUACACGUAUAUGAGGUGUACGCUUCUUAUUACCAAUAAAAAAUGA